AUGGCUUGUUUGCCAGAUAAGAUUUCUCUUCAGAUGAUAUCGACCGUUAACAAUUCCUCCCUAAUCCAGCCAGGAUUUUCAUUGCUGAACUUCAAUGGCCAUGUUUUCUUGUUUGGUCAGAAAGGCUGGCCAAAGAGGUCCUGUCCGACUGGGGUUUUCUUUCUUGAUUUCAAAAAGGAAGAUCUCAAACUAAAGCCAACAUUCUUCUCCAAUGAUUCUUGCUACCUUCCCCCUCUAAGAUAUCCUGCUAUCUGCACUCUCAACGGCAGUGGGGUGCAGUCUGAGAAGUGCCAGUACUACAUCCAUGGAGGGAAAACACCCAACAAUGAACUUUCUGGUAAGCUGUACAUUAUGAGCAUGAUCAGCAAGACUAACAAGAAGUUCACGUUUAGAUGUGCUGAGAAAGAAUUAGUUGGAGAGGUCCCUGAAGCCAGAUACGGCCAUACCAUUAAUGUGGUCCAUAGUCAAGGUAAAAGUAUGAUUGUUAUAAUUGGGGGAAGAUCAUAUAAGGCUCUUGGAGAGAGGACAACUGAAAAUUGGAACUGUGUGGUUGACUGCAUGCCAUAUAUAUUUCUGGUUGACCCUGAAUUUGGAUGCUGCACUUCAUAUGCUUUUGCAGAGCUUCAGGGUGGAUUCUCUUUUCAUCUCUCUCUUACCAGAAAUGACACCAUCUAUAUCAUAGGAGGCCAUUCCAUUGAAAAUAACAUGAGGCCUCCAAAUCUCUAUAGGGUAAAAAUCAACCUUCCCUUAGGAAGCCCAGCUGUGAGCUGCUGUGUCUUGUCUGGUGGGAUCUCAGUGUCUAGUGCCAUCAUGACCCAGAUCAGAGACCAGGAAUUUGUCAUUGUUGGGGGCUACCAUUCUGACAACCAGAAAAGAAUGGUUUGUAAUACAAUCAACCUUGAAAAUAACAAGAUAGAGAUAGUGGAAAGAGAAGCACCAGAAUGGACCCCAGAUAUCAAACACUGCAAGAUAUGGUUUGGGAGUGAUAUGGGAAAUGGAGCCAUACUAUUUGGUAUACCAGGAGACAACAAGCAACUAAUUGCAGAAGCAAAUUACUUUUACUUGCUGAGAUGUCAAGAAGAAAGUGAUCAGGACUCAGAACAGAUGGCACAAGUGUGCAGUCAGAGCUCUACAGAAGAUGCAGGAGAGUCUACUCCUUUUGAAGAUUCAGAAGAGUUCACUUUCAGCUUUGACAUGAAUGAUAUUGACACCUAUAAUGAAGAUGAUGAGGAAGAUGAGUCAGAAGCAGGCUACUGGAUCACCUGCUCUGCAGGCUGUGAUAUUGAUAUCAACACUUGGGUGCCCUUGUACUCAACAGAGCUGAAUAAGCCAGCAAUGAUCUUCUGUUCAAAUGGAGAUGGUCACUGGGUCCACGCUCAGUGCAUGGACCUAUCUGAGAACAUGCUUAUUCACCUUUCACAGGUAAACACCAAGUACUUCUGUACUGAGCAUGUCCAUUUGGCCAGGGGACUGCAAACUCCCAAGGAGACUCCUCCAGUGGAAAAGCAACCCAUGAAAGCAUUGCACAGGAAAAAAACUAUGAGAAUACUCAGUCCUGCAAAAAGGUCCUUUAUUCGGAAGCUAUUUGAAUAG